CUACAUGGGCGGUGAAACCUUUCAAGCGGACGAAAUAAACUACCUUUUUUUUUUUUUUUAUCUCUCUCUUAUUUCCAACAUUGCAAACAAUUUCGACAUUGAUGGAACUUGUGAAAAACUUGUAUUUGCAACCAGUAGGUAGAGCAACUACUUUAGUGAAUGAAGACGAACACAUUUACCGAGCACAACCCGCCAUUAAUGGUCUUGUCUCGCAACCCAUUGUUCCAGAACUUCCAAAAAACCAAUUGACCCUCAAACAUUUUUGGUUAAAGACUGUUGAAAAAAAUGCUGACAAGUGUAUUUUUGGUUAUCGACCUUUGAUCAAGAUACAUACCCAUGAAAAACAAGAGGAGAAUAGGACAAAGAAAUGGUCAACAUAUGAAUUGGAUGAUUAUAAAUGGUGGACAUAUAAACAUGCAAAACAAUACUCUCUUAGUGUGGCUACUGUGUUAAAAAAGCAUGGUAUCAAGUCUGGUGAUUGUGUCUUUUUCUUUGCCAAAACAAGUGCUGAAUGGAUGAUCACUUCUAUGGCGUGUUUCCAAUUAGGCAUAACCAUUAGUACUGGAUAUGAUAGCAUGCCAGCUGAUGCCAUCGCAAGUAUCAUUGAUCAAACAGAACCAAAAGCCAUUUUCACUGAAACAAUGUUGAUGGAAGUGGUUAACAAAGCAUAUGGAUUAUUGACCAAUAAGAAACAACCAUCCUUAGUACUUUAUAUUGGUAGAGAUGAUGAUGCACCUGAAGCUUUGGCGAAAUUCAAGCAAGAUAAACCGGAUGAUGUGACUAUGCAACACAUUCAAGAUAUUUGCCAUAGCAACAACGAUCAACAAGAUGAAGAAUCACCCAAACCAUCCGAUUUGGCUCUGAUCAUGUUUACCAGUGGAUCGACAGGUACACCCAAAGGAGUCGAGUUGACACAUGAAAAUAUCUUGGCAGCUAUUGGUGGUGGACAACAUUUGAUUAUGGAAUGGUUAUUAAAAGACAAACAUACAUAUAUUGGGUAUUUACCUUUGGCUCAUGUAUUGGAAUUCCUAGUUGAAUUAGUGAUGAUUUCAUUGGCUAUUCCUAUUGGGUAUGGAGGUGUACGAACAUUGAUGGAUGAUAAUGUAUGUGGACCAAAUGGACAAGGUAAAGGAAUAGGGGAUCUUCGAUGUUUACAACCCACCAUCUUGGCAGGUGUACCGGCAAUAUGGGAAAAGAUCAAAGCUGGUAUUGAAAAGGAAUUGGACAAACAACAUUUUUUAAUUCGAUCGGCUUUUUAUGGUGCGGUGGAAGCAAAAUGGCGACUCCUUUGUUACUUUGGAAAAGAAAAUUCAAUCACAAGGAUCUUUGACAAGACGAUUUUUGCUCCCAUUAACAAGGUGACAGGUGGCAAACUUAUCUAUGGACUCAGUGGUGGUGCACCUAUUUCUUAUGAAACGCAUAAAUUCAUUGCAUCGACACUUUGCUUUAUGGUUCAAGGUUAUGGGUUGACAGAGUGUUGUGGACUUGCCUCCUUAACGUAUCCAGCUCUUGGGCCAAUGAUGGACUCGAUUGGUCCACCUUCACCUUCGAUUGAAUUCAAGUUGGUGGAUGUACCGGAUACGGAUUACAAAGCGGAAAAUGGUAUUGGAGAACUUUGGCUACGAGGACCAUCAUUGAUGCGAGGCUAUUAUAAACGACCUGAUUUGACCAAGCAAGCUAUCACUUCGGAGGGAUGGUUCCGUACAGGGGAUGUGGCGACGUUGAACAAAGAAGAUGGCACCAUCCGGAUCACCGACCGUGCUAAGAAUCUGGUCAAGUUGAGUCAUGGGGAAUACAUUGCAUUGGAAAGCUUGGAAUCCAAAUACAGGGAUUGUCGUGCCAUCAAGAACAUUUGUCUCAUAGCCCAUAGUCACAAGAGCUAUAUCAUCGCUGUCGUUGAACCUGAACAAGAUCAAGAUGCUACGGUUUUACUCAAACAGUUACAAGACACCGCUCGCUCUGCUGGUAUGAACAAGGCCGAGACGGUUCAAAAGGUCAUUCCUUCUCAUGUUGAUUGGAUCCAUCAUUUUAUGACCACCAGUGGCAAGAUCAAGAGACUUGAUAUCGAAAAGGAAUAUAAAGAUCAAAUUGACAAGUUGUAUAUUUAAUUUUUAGUCAUUAGUAUUUAUUUUUUUUUUUUAAUAAACUUGUAAUUAUUCUCGAUU